AUGGUUGGUGGGGGACGGUUCUUGGAGCUCAUGCGUUCCUUCGAGAUUACGGGUCUUGCAAAACAAUUGAUGGGAAAGAGAUUUGCAGUCUUUCGGCGCCGCAAGUCUCCGCUGGAAGUUCAGUCCAGUCAGCCGGAAUCAACUACUGACGUCGGGCAAGUGGUCGGAUCAAUCGUUGCUGCAUACAUCAAUGAACCCUUCGGGCGCAAAGUGUCUCUCACAGUGACCGCGGUAAUAUCCAUCGUCGGCGUCAUCAUCGAGCUCACCAGUGCCAUUGGCUCAAGUCGCUACUCCCAGUUCGUAGUUGGGAAGACCAUUGCAUCUAUCGCCAUGGGCAUGGCUCUCAACAUUGUCCCUAUGUACCUUUCGGAGACGUCGACCGCUGCUGCCCGUGGAUUCAGUGUUAACAUGUAUCAGAAUCUGAUUCUUGUUGGGGCAAUUACUGCGUCAGGGGUUGUCUAUGGCACAUCGCAGCUCCAGACUGCCGCAUGCUAUCUGAUACCGAUCGGUCUUCAGCUGAUAGCCCCCACAUUCUUGAUCCUCCUGACUCCGUUGCUCCCGGAAAGUCCAAGAUGGCUAGCCACCAAAGGCCGCACUGGGCCAGCCAUCAAAGCAGCGGACCGCUUGUUCAAAACAAAAACCAACAACUUUGAAGCCGCUGAUUACGUUCAUAAGAUCCAUCUGUCCAUCGAACAAGAUCGUGCCAAUCAGGAAGCGACUGGAUGGAUGGAUCUGGCUAGAGGGCCCAAUCUGCGUCGUCUUCUCAUUGCUGUUGGUAUUCAGUGUAUCCAACAAGCUCAGGGCGUGACGUAUAUCCUCAACUACAUCACCUUUUACCUGGGCUACGCUGGUAUUACAAACGUCUUCCCAUACAUCAUUAGUGCGUUCUGCACCAACUACCUUGGGGUUCUCACCGGUUACUACCUCCCAGACAGGUUUGGUCGUCGGGUUUUGGUCAUCUGUACUUCUCUGGUAUGUGCUGUUGCUCUCGUGAUCAUGUCUGGUAUCAUGGCCGGCACAUCUGGUGGGGCUUCGGGGACGGUUAUAGUCGUUCUACUGUUCAUAUGGAUGCUCUCCCUUGGUGCCCAAUCUCCACUCAUUUGGAUCAUCACGGCGGAAUCAGCUCCUACCCGUAAUCGUGAAAAGGUGAUUGCCACGGCUGUCUUUUUCGGCUUCGGUACAGCCCUCCUCACCGCUUCAGUUUCUCCGUUUAUUGCGGACCCUGGUUACGGAAACCUCGGUGGAAAAAUUGGCUUUCUGUGGGCCGGCUUCUCGUUCUUGUCGAUUGUCUGGGUUUACUUCGUCCUCCCAGAGAUGAAAGCUCUUUCCCUGGAACAACUCGACUUCCUUUUCAACAACCACGUGCCUACGCGAAAAUUCAGCAAAUAUGUCUUUACAGAUUUGGUUCUUGCCGUUCAUGAGAAGGAUGUCCAUGAGACUACCAUUGGGAACGAGGACUCCCAGAACCAGAACAAGAACGCGCUGGAAGAAACAGUCGAACUUCGACGUUAG